UUCGGCGGCCUCAUAUCCUCGUUCGAUCAUCCCCCGCUCGCUCCCGCUCUCUCUAGAGUUGAUCUCUCUCUCUCUCGCCUGGAACCCCCUUGCACUGAAGAACCCCCCAUUCGCCUACUUGUCGUCUCCUGCAUCGAAGCCCUCCGCCUCCUCUCUUCCUCGCACGACCAAACAGUUGUUCGGUUCACCAUACCCCGCUAGCUCGAAACCCUCACCUCCCCCUCUCGACCGAAGAUCGAAAUCCUCGCCUCACCUGCUCGCUCGACCAGCUCUCCACCAAAGCCCUAACCCUCGACGCUGUUCCUCUUCCUCGUUCACGCCUCCUGAUUGGUCCGAAGCCCUCUUUCUUUCCUUCUCCAUUCUUCAGGCAUUUGGAAGAUGGUGGGACGAGGGACGAGGGGCGAGGGACGAUGGGGCGAAGCUGCUUCGCUGGUGGUCUGCCAGAUUGUUCCAAUGCCCGUUCUGCAGCCAAUGGCAGGAAACAUGAAUCACGAGCCAGAAUUAAAGACGCAUCCAUGGGAAUCUCCACGAAAGAGAGAGGUAGAUGGUGGAAGCACGGAGGACUGAAGCUGUUCCGCUGCUGUAAGCACAGAGAAAUGAAGCAGAAAUGUCCGGCAGUUUCUGGUGUUGGUUUCUCUCGUUUUUCAUGCUUUCUGGAUGAAAAACGUUGCUUAGGGUUUUGUGGGAUUGUUUGUGAAAGCGAUAUAUGUGGGGAAUGGUGGACGAUUCCAGCAAUCAUGCUGCCGGAGGGUGUCGCAAGCGAGGGAGAGCUGUCUUCUACAUAUAGAUUUUAUUUAACUGCAAGUAAGCAAUUUUGCAGCCAUUUGCAGCUUCCAAUAAAAUCAUUAAGAAAAUAUCCUAUAUUGCUCGCAAAGUUACAUGAGGAAGAUGAUCCUGAAUGCAAUAGUUGGAAGAUGUAUGCAUUCUAUGAUACUCUAAAUGCAGUUAAUAAAACCUUGACAAUGAAUCCAUAUGAGGGAAAUGUUUAUGCUCAACCUGAUAAAUCAGGUCGUGGAUCAGCUGAAGUUUCAGAAUUGAUGCCCUCUAAUGGGUAUUGUUUUUCUGAACUCCCAAUAAAUCAUUUAGGGAGCGUUCUGGAGAAGUUGAAAGCUGUACAUCUACAUUUAUUAGCUGCUGAACACUGGAAUGCUUCACAUCUUAAGCUAUGUCACAGAGAUUACCUUGUGAGUGCAACAAACUUGACCCAUUACUUGGCCUUAAAGUGUCUCCACCUUCAGCAACUUCAGGAAGACCUCUCUUCCAUUGGCCUGGUAACCCUGGAAUAUAUAAACCCCCAUGUUCUUGCUAGUAUUGGCACAAGCAUCCAGAUACUGGAUCGUCUGUCAUCUAAUACUCUUGAUAGCAAUGAUUCUGCAACCUAUUUGGAUAGGAAUGGUUAUAGUGCUUCACAGAAAAGUGAAAAUGUGGUAAAUUUGGCCAUUAGUACCAUGAAAAAAAGGGUAUAUAUUCAUACUGCAGCAUUGUUUGGUGAAUGUUUAGAAAAGAGAAGUGGACGAAUCAUGGUAACUGUUGGGGAAGAAGUAGUAAAAAAUGAAAUGCUUAUAAAUAAUCUUCUCAAAGCUGGGGUUAAUGUAGUUCGCAUCAACUGUGCACAUGAUGGCCCAAGUGUUUGGAGUGAGAUAAUCAGAAUUGUGAAACACAGCUCCCACUUGUUGGAAAAGCCAUGUCGCAUUCUAAUGGACCUUGCUGGUCCAAAGCUCAGAACUGGUUUAGUGAAAACGCAUUCAAAUAUAGUAAAACUGUCCCCAAAGAAGGAUUCUUAUGGCAAUGUGGUCUUCCCAGCUCAAGUUUGGCUUUGCUUUGAUGGCAGUAAUCCUCCUGUUGAUCUAUCUACUAACUCAGUUAUUUGGAUACAGAAGAGAUUCUUUGAUAAGCUUAGAAUGGGUGAUUAUGUGAACUUCGUUGAUGUUAGAGGUAGAAAGCGGUUUUUAAAAGUGUUGAAAAGGUCUACUUUGUCUGCUGAGUACGGUUGCAUUGCAGAGUGUUUGCAAACUGCGUAUAUUAAAGUGGACACAGAAUUUUCUGUGAAGAAAAGGAAAAGAGAAUUUUUUGGGCUGGUGGUAAAGGUUUUAGCUAGUGAGCGAUUUGUUAAGUUAAAAGUAGGAGAUCUGCUUACUAUUUUUAGAAGUUCUUCCUCUUAUCUUAAUGAAUUGGGAAGCACAACAGUGGCUUCAACAAAAAUAACAUCUUCUUCUGAUCAUUUUUUCGAGUCUGUCAAAGUAGGUGAGCCCAUUUUAUUUGAUGAUGGAAAGAUUUUGGGGAAAAUACAUGAAGUGAAUGCUAAUUGGGCAAGAAUUGUGGUAACUCAUGCUAGAUCCAAGGGUUCUAAGCUUGGUUCAGGUAAAUCCAUUAACAUUCCUAAGAGCAAAAUACAGCUUAAAGGCUUGACACCAAAAGAUCUCACCGAUCUUGACUUUGUUAGUGCUAAUGCUGAUAUGGUUGGCAUUUCAUUUAUUCGGAAUGUUAAUGACAUAGUCAUUGUUCAACAUGAGUUAGAGAAACGAAAUCUAACAAAAUUGGGGAUUGUGCUGAAGAUUGAAACUAAAGAUGGUUUACAGAGGCUACCUUCAUUGUUGUUUCAGGCAAUGCAAACCUCAAAUCCUCUGGGGGUUAUGAUUGCUAGAGGGGACCUCAUGGUGGAAUGUGGAUGGGAUCAGUUGGGUGACAUACAAGAGCAGAUCUUGUCCAUCUGCAGUGCUGCACACAUUCCUGUUAUUUGGGCAACCCAGGUUCUUGACUCCCUUGUCAAAUUUGGCUUUCCUACCAGAGCUGAAAUCACAGAUGUGUUUAAAGCUAUGGGGGCAAGUUGUAUUAUGUUGAACAAAGGUGACAAUAUUGUACAAGCUGUCACAGCUUUGAAUUCACUUCUAAGUAAUAGAUCUAGUGGUAAGCGAUGAUACCCAAUUCCAUGUACUUAUUUGGUAAGAUGGCCACAGACUUAUCUUGCAAACUCAAUUUUCUCUGUAUCAAGUUCAUUAGUAUAUGUAUAUAAAAUAGAUUUAGAUGUCCUUAAGAUUAACCUACUUUGCUCUUCCUGAAUCGGUAUUUUUUUGUUCAUACACUGCAGUUGCUGUAUUAGAAAGUUAUAUGCUCAAAGAAGCGAG